GAAAGGGAAGCAGAGGGUGCGGUGGCAGCGGCUGUGUCAGGGGACAGCAAGGGAGGGAAGACAGCCAAGACUUACUGAGGCUGAUGGAGGGAGCCGCUGCUGGGCUCACCAUGGACCGCCGGAUGUGGGGGGCCCACGUCCUCUGCGUGUUGAGCCCGUUACCGACCGUAUUGGGCCACAUGCACCCAGAAUGUGACUUCAUCACCCAGCUGAGAGAGGAUGAGAGUGCCUGUGUACAAGCAGCAGAGGAGAUGCCCAACACCACCCUGGGCUGCCCUAGGACCUGGGAUGGGCUGCUAUGCUGGCCGACGGCAGGCUCUGGCGAGUGGGUCACCCUCCCCUGCCCUGAUUUCUUCUCUCACUUCAGCUCAGAGUCAGGGGCUGUGAAGCGGGAUUGUACCAUGACUGGCUGGUCUGAGCCCUUUCCACCUUACCCUGUGGCCUGCCCUGUGCCUCUGGAGCUGCUGGCUGAGGAGGAAUCUUACUUCUCCACAGUGAAGAUUAUCUACACCAUGGGCCAUAGCAUCUCUAUUGUAGCCCUCUUCGUGGCCAUCACCAUCCUGGUUGCUCUCAGGAGGCUCCACUGCCCCCGGAACUAUGUCCACACCCAGUUGUUCGCCACUUUUAUCCUCAAGGCGGGUGCUGUGUUCCUGAAGGAUGCCGCCCUUUUCCACAGUGACGACACUGACUACUGCAGCUUCUCUACUGUUCUAUGCAAGGUCUCUGUGGCCGCCUCUCAUUUCGCCACCAUGACCAACUUCAGCUGGCUGUUGGCAGAAGCUGUCUACCUGACCUGCCUACUGGCCUCCACCUCCCCCAGCUCAAGGAGAGCCUUCUGGUGGCUGGUUCUCGCUGGCUGGGGGCUGCCCGUGUUCUUCACUGGCACGUGGGUGGGCUGCAAACUGGCCUUCGAGGACAUCGCGUGCUGGGACCUGGACAACAGCUCCCCCUACUGGUGGAUCAUCAAAGGACCCAUCGUUCUCUCAGUCGGGGUGAACUUUGGGCUUUUUCUCAAUAUUAUCCGCAUCCUGGUGAGGAAACUGGAGCCAGCUCAGGGCAGCCUCCAUACCCAGUCUCACUAUUGGCGUCUCUCCAAGUCGACACUUUUCUUGAUCCCACUCUUUGGAAUUCACUACAUCAUCUUCAACUUCCUGCCAGACAAUGCUGGCCUGGGCAUCCGCCUCCCCCUGGAGCUGGGACUGGGUUCCUUCCAGGGCUUCAUUGUGGCCAUCCUCUACUGCUUCCUCAACCAAGAGGUGAGGACUGAGAUCUCACGGAAGUGGCAUGGCCAUGACCCUGAGCUUCUGCCAGCCUGGAGGACCCGUGCUAAGUGGACCACGCCUUCCCGCUCGGCGGCAAAGGUGCUGACAUCUAUGUGCUAAGCUGCCUCAUCAUGCCACUGGAGUCCACACUUGAACUUAGGCAGCUACCAUGGGUCUGCCACGCUCUGGCAGAGCAAGGGGGCCAUAUCCCCACCCCAGCUGUUACCCAGCCUGGGGUAGGGGCGGCCCUUCCUCCCUGUCUCUGCAUCUGACUCUCUUUUGAGGUUCCUGUAUGUUUACUUCUGACUUCUGUGGUCCCUCUGUGUCUGCUCUCAUCCAUUCCUCUUCCUGGGGCCUGGGGCUCUAGCCCAAGGCUCAGAGGAGCCAAUAAUCCUGUAAAUGAA